AACCAAUCAAAAUGUAUGUUGUGGUUGACCUGUCUUAAGCAAAAGCACCUGAUUAAAAACACAAACAUUUCUGUCUUAGUUGAGGCACUUUGUCCCUCCUUCUGUCUAAUAUAAACGAUUCAUUCAUGUCAUUUCAUCACAUUAAAAAGAUGCGCUCCAUGUAAAUGUAUCCCUUACCGGCCGCCUUCCAGUUCAGUGAUUAAAGCGCAUGCGUAUUGGUUCCAUUGCCAGAAACUAACAGGCAUACGCGGAUUAUCACGAAUUAAAGUUUGAAAAGCGACAACACAAGAGUACAGCUAAAUACAGGAAAAUUGGGGAACAUCCGACAAAAAAGGAUGGACCCAUUUGAGUGCAUUAGCAGUCCAAACGAAGAGUCCAACAAUGCCGCCAACGACAAUGGUCGUGUUCAGAUGGUGAGUCCGGCAGCGGGAGAACAUCCUCUCCAGUACAACUACACUUUCUGGUACAGCCGAAGAAACCAGAGUCGGGUGGCGAGCGCGCAAAGCUACGAACAAAACAUCCGAAGAAUCGGGACAGUGGCAUCGGUGGAGCAGUUUUGGAAGUUCUACAGUCACCUGGUACGUCCAGGAAACCUGAGCGAACACAUCGACUUCCACUUGUUCAAGGAGGGUAUUAAACCGAUGUGGGAGGACGAGUGCAACCGCGGCGGAGGCAAGUGGAUCAUCAGGCUGCGAAAAGGACUCGCCAGCCGAUUCUGGGAGAACCUCAUUCUUGCCAUGCUGGGAGAGCAAUUCAUGGUCGGGGAGGAAAUUUGCGGUGCAGUCAUAUCCAUACGCUUCCAGGAGGACUUCCUUUCAAUCUGGAACAAGACUGCUAACGAUGAAACCACGACUCACAGAAUCAGAGAGACUUUCAAACGAGUUCUCAACCUUCCACCUAACACCAUCAUGGAGUACAGGCCUCACAACGACAGCCUCAGUUUUAGGAGCUUCCGAAACUCAAAGAUUUCCUUCUGACGGUGGUCGUGGGCUUUUCUUAAGUUGUCGAGAGGACUUUUUGAGUGCACACUGAGCCAAUUAAAUCAAGUUGAAGUCUUUGGACUGUUUUUCUCCACCGUGAAAUAUCUGACGCUCUUUCCCGGGCGGGCUAAUCCCGCCUCUAUUCCUGGCCGCAGACCAGCUGGGACAGUGGAAGUAAUCCAGAUCUGGAUUAUUAGAACGUUGCUAAAUGGCGACUCAAGUGAAAGUGGGGCCCAGAUCAAAGAUUAACUGGAGAGAAAAAUCCAAACAAAGAGGGAAAUGAGAAGAUUUGAGUCAAAAGAAAGUUAAGAAAGUUAGCUUAUGCUAACUAACGUCCAAUCGUGGCCAGUCUUGGUGGAAAUUGGAAUGAGUUUGUCGACUUGCAAUCCAUUUGAACGUCCAUGGCCGUUUAUAACAACCACUAGGCCUGCACAAUAUAUCGUUUAAACAUCGCCAUCGCAAUGUGCGCUUGUGCAAUAGUACCAUCGCAGGACAUGCAAUUUUUUUUUUAGUGUAAACUUUCGUUUUUUUUUUUCAU